GUGAUGGUAGAUCCCGACAAAGCCCCUUCGCUACCUCAUGGCGUCUCCCCCCCUCUCUCUCACGCGCAAGAAAAGAGAUCGGAAGGAACAGAGCCAGACCUUGACCCCAUGACUCUCCUCCGACGCACCGCCUACUCCUCCUCCGCCUCCUCCUCGAUCCUCCAGAUCGCCGGAACCUUCUUCCGUGCCCCCCAUUCCUCCACCGCCGCCGUCGCCGGCAGCACUUAUGGAGUUCACGUCUUUCAAUGCCCUGACACGGUGGGCAUCGUCGCCAAGCUGUCGGAGUGCAUCGCCUCGCAUGGUGGGAACAUCCACAGCGUCGAUGUCUUCGUUCCCGAAGACAGGCGCGUCUUCUACUCCCGAAGUGAAUUCGUAUUUGAUCCUGCACGUUGGCCGAGGGUUCUGAUGGACAAUGAUUUCUCAAAUUUGUCAAAGUUUUUCAAUGCUAAAAUAUCUAUUGUACGAGUUCCAGAUCUAGAACCAAAACAUAAGAUUGGAGUUCUUGCUUCAAAGCAGGAACAUUGUUUGGUGGACUUACUACAUGAAUGGCAGGAUGGUAGACUGCCAGUGGAUAUCAAAUGUGUCAUAAGCAACCAUGAGAGAGCUCCCAAUACUCAUGUUAUACGGUUUCUUGAAAGACACGGGAUUCCUUAUCAUUGCUUACCGACUUCUCCAGGAAAUAAAAGAGAAGACGAGAUAUUGAACUUGGUUAAAGAUACUGAUUUUCUUGUACUUGCUAGAUAUAUGCAGAUUUUGUCUGGUAGAUUUUUGGAUAGCUAUGGGAAGGAUAUAAUCAACAUUCAUCAUGGUCUUCUUCCAUCUUUCAGGGGCGGGAAUCCUUCCAAACAGGCUUAUGAUGCAGGGGUGAAAUUGAUUGGUGCAACAAGUCAUUUUGUAACUGAAGGACUUGAUGCAGGUCCAAUUAUUGAACAAAUGGUUGAGAGAGUUUCUCAUAGAGAUAAUCUACGAAGUUUUGUACAGAAGUCAGAGAACCUAGAAAAGCAAUGUCUGGGAAAGGCAAUAAAAUCAUAUUGUGAACUUCGGGUCCUGCCAUAUGAGUUGAAGAAGACCGUUGUGUUCUGACAAAGGUUUGCUUUUACGAUGUUGCAUUGCAAAAUAGUUGCCUUCCUCAUUUGAUGAGUUAUCGGGAAUAAAUUCUGUCUCUAUUACUAUCAUUUUUUUUCUUCCAUUGACUACUUUCUGAUCUUUAAUGGGAUGUGCUUGUUCUGAGAAUUACAGCGACCUGAUCUGUUUAUUCAAUGGCUGCUGUAGCUGAUUGCCUCAACUUUAUCUACAACUUUCUUUAGCGGUCUUACGUUAAAAGCAAUGAGAGGUUUGUAAUUUUUGUGGGAAGAGAGAUGUAAAAAAGGUGCAUUACGUAGGCAUAAGCCAUCGGUACAGAAAUGAUAUUGUCUGAUAUUGCUUGAUACUAUAAAUGAUAUUGACGAAUACCAUACACCCACAUCA